AUGACCAUUGGUAUGGGCGGAGAGGUGUCUGAUGGACCUGUCGCCCACACUGUAAUGGUUGAUGAUAUUGCUAGUCCCAACCAGCAAGUUGACGACAGUCCUACUACCUCUUGUGUGGUGGUGCCUCGGGCUCAUGAUGCGGGUAUCGACCCCAUCGCGGACGUUUUUUCUAAUGCACAUGUGCCGUCUAUCUGUGGGGACCCAUCCCCUCUGAGCACCAACACUGACGUGGUGCCAAGCCAUGGUAUGACCGAGAUCGUGCUGUUGCCACCCUCCCCGAGCACUCCUGGGGAGAGUGGUAGUGAGGUUGGCAAUAAACGCCGGAGAGGUGGCCGGAAGAAGAAGAAAGCCGACAAGCCGUUGACUUCGACACAAAUCAGUCGUCGUAUUGCAAAGCGAGUUAGGACGGAGCUUGGUGUAGAGAACCCUCCAUCUAAGAGGAGUGCCAAGGGCCAUGGGUCUACUCCUAGCCAGAGUGGUGACGGUACUAUUGUGGACUUAAUUAACCGGGUAGUUGCACAGGAUACAGCUGAGGAAAAGGAGAAGAAGGGCAAGAAUGAUGGUGAAUCCCCGAAGACUCCGGCUACUCAAGCCGACGAUCUAACGCCUCUCGAUGGGGCCUUUGGCGAUCUCUUUGGUAUGGUUAGCUUCGACAAGGUUAUGAGUACCUCGAGCCCCUCCCCUACUGCUGGUGAUGGUGUGGUUCAGCAACAACUGAAGUUCGAUGAGAGUGGUAAUAUUGUUUUACAGCAGGAUGACUCUGGGUCGACUGGUGACAUAUUCGGAGAGCUCAAUAUGAUGACAACGACAGACGAAUCAGGACGGUGUGAAUACAAAGAUGCAUACAAGAGGACUCAUCGUAGCGCUUGGUCGGAUAAGGAGACCGACAAGUUUUAUGAGGCUCUGUCGAUGUAUGGUCCGGAUUUGAUGAUGAUCUCUACGGUUUUUGGCUCAACAAGGACGUCGUCUCAGCUGAAUACUAAGAUGAAGAACGAAAGCAAGCGGAAUCCUGUCCGGUUCGCCGCGGCCUGCAAUUCCAAGAAGGCUAUCACCACUGAAGCCUUUGUGAAGGACCAUGGCCCUAUCGAGCCCCCAGAGGAUCCUGCUGCACUCAUCAGCGAUAGUCGAGAACCCUACGAUGCUGAUCUUGGUUUUACUGGGACUCCUCUCCCUCCUAUGGGGGACGACAACCCUUUGCUGGAGCUCCUAGGAUAG